GCGUUGUUCAGUUCACAAAGAAAAGCUAAGAGGCCAAGACCUGAGAAUCAAAAUGCCUUCCUCAAAAUUCUUCAUGUUCUUUCUUGUUCUCUAUCUUGUAAGUUUUGUUAUUGGUUUAUCAAGUGCAGCUGAUCCAACAUACCUUUACCACGAAUGCACAAACACAACAACAUUUUCUGGAAAUAGCACCUAUCAAUCCAAUCUCAAUUUUCUCCUCUCUUCCCUUGUCUCUAACGCCACUCGCAGCAAUGGAUUCUCCAAUGGUUUCUACAACACCACCGCAGGCCAAGAUCCUAACAAGGUCUACGCUCUCUUUCUUUGCCGUGGUGAUGAUACUCCCACCGCUUGUCGAGACUGUGUCAAUUUUUCUACCUCAGAUAUUCUUCGACGUUGCCCUACUCAAAAAGAAGCUAUAAUAUGGUACGAUCCGUGCCUUUUACGCUACUCAGACGCGAAUAUCUUUUCUACCAUGGCCACUAACCCCAGUAUUAUUCUGUACAAUACUAAUAAUAUUACACAAACCGGUUUUACCCAGCUAGUAGGGACUACAAUGAAGGAAACAGAAAAUCAGGCUGCUGAUUCACCUAAAAAAUAUUCGACAAGAACGGCAAAUUUUACAUCCUUUCAAACACUGUACUGCCUUGUACAGUGCACACCAGACCUGUCGAAUCUUGACUGUAGUAGUUGUCUUGAGCAAUCUUUUGCUAAUUUGCGGACUUCCCAGGCAGGAUCAAGAGUUUUGUUUCCAAGUUGUAAUAGCAGGUUCGAACUGUAUCCGUUUUAUAAUGAAAACGUGACUGCCGCACCGCCAACGACUCCUGUGCUCCCUUCUCAACCUCCUGCUCCUGGAGGAAAAGGCGGAAUUUCAUCUUCUAUAAUCAUAGCCAUCGUUGCUCCAAUUGUUGUAGCUGCAGUGCUUUUCAUAGCCGGCUAUUGGCUCCUAAUUAGGAGAGCAAGAAAGAAGAAGACUCCUUUACUGGAAGAUAUUGUUGAAAACGAUGACAUUUCAACUAUGGAAUUUGAUUUGGCGACAAUUGAAGCAGCCACAAACAAAUUCUCAACUGAAAACAAGUUGGGUGAAGGUGGAUUUGGUGAAGUUUAUAAGGGCAUACUUUCUAAUAGGCAAGCAAUAGCUGUAAAACGACUAUCGAGAGGUUCCGUGCAAGGUGCAGAAGAAUUUAAGAAUGAGGUUGUAUUGGUAGCAAAGCUUCAACACAGAAAUUUGGUUAGACUACUGGGAUUUUGCUUGGAGGGAGAAGAAAAGCUUCUUAUCUAUGAAUUUGUGACAAACAAAAGCCUCGACUGUUUUCUAUAUGACCCUGAAAGGCAAGCAGAAUUGGAUUGGUCAAGACGUUACAAGAUUAUUGGAGGCAUUGCUCGAGGAAUGCUUUAUCUUCAUGAGGAUUCUCGAUUGAGAAUUAUUCAUCGUGAUUUAAAGGCUAGUAAUAUAUUGUUAGAUGGAGAUUUAAACCCCAAAAUUUCUGAUUUUGGCAUGGCAAGGAUAGUUGGAGUUGAUCAAACUCAAGCGAAUACAAACAGAAUUGUUGGGACAUAUGGUUACAUGUCUCCAGAAUAUGCUAUGCAUGGACAAUUCUCGGUGAAAUCAGAUGUGUAUAGUUUUGGUGUCUUAGUACUGGAGAUCAUUACUGGGAAGAGGAACAACAAUUUCUAUCAAACAGACGGUGCUGAGGAUCUCGUGAGCUAUGUUUGGAAACAUUGGGUGGAUGGGACACCAUUGCAAUUGUUGGAUUCAACUUUGACAGAUUCUUACUCUAGAAAUGAAGUGAUUAGAUGCAUCCAUAUGGGGUUGUUAUGUGUCCAGGAAGAUCCAGCUGCUAGACCCACAAUGGCAACAAUGGUUCUCAUGCUUAAUAGUUAUUCUGUUACUCUUCCAGCACCUGAACGACCAGCAUUUUUCUUUGGUAGUAGAAGGGAGGCUACCACGGCUACAAAGGAAUUGAACUUUGAUCAAUCUAAAAGCAACUCGGUGCCAUGGUCUGUUGAUGAUGCAUCAAUUACUGAAGUAUAUCCUCGAUAAUAGGGUGUUUUAGAAUUCACUUGUUCAAUAAAAGAAGGCAAAAAUGCAUGUCUCUAUGUUGUAAUUUAGUGAACUGAAGGAUCCUUAAUUUCCAAUAGUGAUUGGACAAAUGUAGCCUGAAAGCGAGGAGAUGUGCUCAGUAUUUUCAUGUUGAAGUAAAAACGUUUCGUUAUGUGGUAUCACCAGCUUUAAUGGUAUACUCUAUAUUAUAAAACAGGGUUUACUGAGGAAA